AUGAAAAUAAGAAGAUUCUUCAACGAAUUGCGCAGAUCGGACAGCCAUAAUGUGGACUGGUCCGACACGUCUGCCGACCCCGAGAGCAUCUGCGACAACUUUCUGCUGCUUCCGACACUGGUCGGAAUCCUCAUCUGCUUGGGACGAGUUCUUGAUCAGUUUUUUCGAAAAUCAAAGUCGAAUGCAACAGAUUUCAUUCUGGUCCCCAGUCGCGCGGCGACCUUUGACAAAAAGCAAAUGUGGCCAGUUUGUGGAAGCUUUGCUGUAAUCGCGGCAGCCGCGUCCGUUUAUGGUGAGCUGGUGGUUGCCCCUCAAUCCAGGAUUUCAACUUCCCGCCAAUCUCUGUUGUUCAAUCAGGAUGUAAUCACGAAGUCCCCCGUUCUAUCGCCUCUCAACUUCCGUCUAUGGACUUCCGCUCACGCUACUCUUGUCUAUGAUAAUCUCACAAGGGCGAACAACAAUCUUGAAGAGCAUCAAAACGUCGACCUUGACUUUUCAUUAAACUUUCUUCAAACAAAUACAGUUACAGGAGCUAUUGCCCACGAGCGCGAUUAUACUUUGAUAGCUUCUCGGAACGUGGACUGCCAGCAAAAUUACUCAGCUCCGCAGGAAGUAACUCUUAUCGAUUGUAAAAAUAUUCAGUUGUACUCGAAGCGCUCGCUUCUGGAGCGUGAAGUUUUGCAGAAGAUGAACAUGACCGCCCGCGACAAGAACCUGAGCAUAUCGGACGUAACUCUUGCUUUCUCGACCGUCAACCCAAAGUUCACGCAAACCUUGAUUUGGUUGCGGUUCGGCUGCCUGUUGGCCACUUUUUUGGCAACAAUUAUCUUUCUUGCCUCACUGAAGAGGCUUGAGCCAAGUCAAAGAAGCGCCGCUCACAAAUGGGUACUGGCUCUGUUUAUAACGCUGCUACUUUAUCAGGAUCCCUUAUUUCCUCUCUUCUUUCUCCUAAAAUGGGAAUCGCUAGAGCUUAUUGAUGAAUUGCUUCAGAUAUCUUUCUUCAGGGACGCUUUAGAACCAGUGCUUAGUUUGACUUUGUUGUAUUGGUUCUUCACGACUCAAGACUCGGGUCAAUCAAAAAUCCCGCCGAACUUCGUGAUAUCUUUCGUCGCGUGUUUAGGAGUUUAUACGGUCGUUUUACGGAUGCUUGAGCAUCUUCUUCAUCUGGACUCCUAUUCAAUUUGGCUUCCCAGCCGUGGAUUGACGUUAAUUCUCAAUGCAGCUUGGCUUGUUUUAUUAAUUUGUGUAAUCGCGUCCCUGAUAUACAGAACCGAUUCGAAUUCUAAUGAUGACCAAAAAACACUGAUAAUUAGGCUUCUCCAAAUAAAAAAUCACCCCGAUGUAGAAUUACGCCGCCGGCUAAGCUCAUUUGAUGGCAAGGAUGAUCCUAGAAGAGGGUAUCUGCGAACAGCUGAGCACUCGGCCUCCGCUCUCUCCGACAAAAGCUGCCAUCUGAUCACCUCGCUGAAAAACCGGGUCAAUAUGGGCGGCUACACCGGGUCGGGCAGCCCUCGUCGCCAUAACAUGGAAUAUGCUUCCGGCUCGUUAGGAAGAAAACCGCGUGUCCCGCCAAAACCAUGCCCAAGUCAAAUUGCGCUUGCUGAAGCGAUCAAAACGUUGAAUACCCUUGCAGAAAGUCUUCACAAAGAGACAAAAUGCCUCCGCGGUGAGAUAAGCGAGCUUUAUGACAAAUUCGAGGAAGACGAUCAGACUGCGGUGACCAAGGACGAACAACAGCAACGCCAGCUGUCCGAGCUGUCCAGAUACGUCAAAAUAUUGGAAUAUAGGUUGCUAAAGGCGCAAAAACUGGACGAACAAUCGAGUGUAGAUGUAGAAGCCCAUCUUAAUUUACAGAAUGAAGUCGAGCGGCUGGAAAUGCGCGCAAGAGCUGAUCAAGAAGAAAACCGUGAGCUCUAUCUACAGAUUUUGCAGUUGCGGACAAACGAACGAGCACUGAAGGAAGACAACAAGCGAUUAUUGAAUCAACUCGAUCAUUUGAGUUUACACGGGCGCUCGGUUAGUCCGGACCGCGAGGAGAGCCUUAUUGCUCCCGAAUAUCGAUCCGAAACCGAUAAGGCUAAUGGAUUGCUUCAGGCUGAAAUAGAAGUUCUCAAGGAAUCACUGCAAGAAAUGAACAAGCUCAACAAGGACCUAAAAGACAAGCUGCUUUUCUAUCAACAAUCACGAUCCUCUACUUCAGAAGAACCGAUCCUCAUCUCCCAGCUCCGGCAACUAGAACAGGACAACGAAGAUUUGAAAACAAAACUCGAUUACUUGCAAACUACAGAUACAGAAUUUUUAGAAGAAGAAAUGCUCGUUUUGCAAUCUACGGUCAAAGAGCUUGAAAUCGAAAACGAUCGAUUGAAGAGACUCAGUAAUCCGGACUUGACAGACUUGCAACCUCUUCAGGAUGAGCUACAAAAACUAAAAACGGAAAAUGCGAAUCUACGAAGUGGAGUUCAAAACAAAAUUCACCUCAAGUCGGCGAUUCGUUCGAUGCUAACCGAUCAGACGCUACGACGGUCUUCCUCAAGCGAACGUUCUUUCAUUGCUCGGCGUGGUAUCUUUGAGCUGCUACCAGUGCUUUCUGUGCGCGAGGAAGUCUUCCGCGUCCAGCGACUCUCGAAUAAAUUACUCUCCGCUUUACGAAAACAGCAAAGCGAUAUUCCACUCAGUGCAAUAAGUGCUGAGGCACGUGCUCUCGCGGCGGAAACUGCUCUGCUCGUCAAGAAAUAUGGUGUUUUGGAGGAGCAGGUUCAAACUCUCAUCAAAGAAUUAAAACAAGUUCAAAUCGCUCCAAGUCAUGUUUCUACAGCCGCAAAUGAAAUCAACGAGGACGAAUUCAUCGUUUAA